UUUGUUUUCUCGUGGUCUCGAACUCGCGCGUUCUCAUCUCCCCCCGCACCCCCCCUCCCGACAAGCGGCGGGGUGGAGGAACGGCGGCGGUGGCAGCAGCGGCUGUAGCAUCGGACACCCUCCUGUCUACUCUCCGGCGAAUCGGUUCCUCUUCCCCCUCCCUCUCACUGUUUGUUGUGUGUUUGAUGUGUUAAAGCAGGAGCGAGAACGCGAGCAGCGCCAUGAGCAACACUACCGUCGUCCCCAGUACUGCGGGCCCGGGCCCCAGCGGCGGGCCUGGUGGCGGCGGCGGCGGUGGCGGAGGCGGCGGCACCGAGGUAAUCCAGGUGACUAAUGUCUCCCCGAGCGCUAGCUCUGAGCAGAUGCGGACCCUCUUCGGUUUCCUAGGCAAGAUCGACGAACUGCGCCUCUUCCCGCCAGAUGAUUCACCUUUGCCAGUCUCAUCCCGUGUCUGCUUUGUUAAGUUCCAUGACCCGGACUCAGCAGUUGUGGCACAGCAUCUGACAAACACUGUAUUCGUUGACAGAGCUUUGAUAGUCGUACCAUAUGCAGAAGUAUUUCAUGGUUCUAUCAAAGCAGCAGUAAAAAAAAUACUCUUGACGCAUGAAAAUUAACUGUUCUUUUCCCUGGUUCAGCCUGAACUAUAUACCAGGCCCUGCUGAAAAUACCACCCAACAGUUUUCUUCUGCAGCUUAUCCAGUUUCUCUUAAGUGCCCUGUACAUAUUUGAAGCAGCCGACACGAGUCGUUGUUCAUAAAACAGCUUUUGAAAGUUGAGAGCACACCCCUGGAGAACCGACUGUGCUUGCUUACGUUUGGUUCAUGACUUAAAAAUCGAGUACAGGAGUUAUUCCUGAUGAGACUAAGGCUUUGUCUCUGUUGGCACCAGCUAAUGCAGUGGCAGGUCUUCUGCCUGGUGGUGGACUCCUGCCUACCCCUAACCCACUUACCCAGAUUGGCGCUGUUCCAUUGGCUGCUUUGGGAGCUCCUACUCUUGAUCCUGCCCUUGCUGCACUUGGGCUUCCUGGAGCAAACUUGAACUCUCAGUCUCUUGCUGCAGAUCAGUUGCUGAAGCUUAUGAGUACUGUUGAUCCCAAGUUGAAUCAUGUAGCUGCUGGUCUUGUUUCACCAAGUCUGAAAUCAGAUACCUCUAGUAAAGAAAUAGAGGAAGCCAUGAAGAGAGUACGAGAAGCACAGUCCCUAAUUUCUGCUGCUAUAGAACCAGAUAAGAAAGAAGAAAAACGAAGGCACUCAAGGUCAAGAUCACGUUCUAGGAGGAGGAGGACUCCCUCAUCUUCUAGGCACAGGCGGUCAAGAAGCAGAUCAAGAAGGAGAUCACAUUCUAAGUCAAGGAGUAGGCGACGAUCCAAAAGUCCAAGACGGAGAAGAUCUCAUUCCAGAGAGAGAGGUAGAAGGUCAAGGAGCACAUCAAAAACCAGAGACAAAAAGAAAGAAGACAAAGAAAAGAAACGUUCCAAAACACCACCAAAAAGUUACAGCACAGCCAGACGUUCCAGAAGUGCAAGCAGAGAGAGGCGACGACGACGAAGUAGGAGUGGCACGAGAUCUCCUAAAAAGCCUAGGUCACCUAAAAGGAAAUUGUCUCGCUCACCGUCUCCUAGGAGACAUAAAAAGGAGAAAAAGAAAGAUAAAGACAAAGAAAGAAGCAGAGAUGAAAGAGAACGGUCAACAAGCAAGAAGAAGAAAAGUAAAGAUAAGGAAAAGGAUCGGGAAAGAAAAUCAGAGAGUGAUAAAGAUGUAAAACAGGUUACACGGGAUUACGAUGAAGAGGAGCAAGGGUAUGACAGCGAGAAAGAGAAGAAGGAGGAGAAGAAGCCGCCAGAGCCAGGUUCCCCUAAAACAAAAGAAUGCUCUGUGGAGAAGGGAACUGGUGAUUCACUAAGAGAAUCUAAGGUGAAUGGGGAUGAUCAUCAUGAGGAGGACAUGGAUAUGAGUGACUGAAUAUUGCCCCCAUGGGAGUCCAACUGUAUACAUGCAUCAGUGUCAUUCCUUUGUGUGAUUUCUUAAUGCUGUAUUUGUUCAUCUCAAACCUGGAUGUAUACAGCUCUUGAGUUAUAAAUGGUUAUAAAGCUCCUGAUCUUGAUAUUAGUUAUUUACAUCCAAAAGCUUUUAGAAAAUGAUACAUGAGUAACCAGGUCUUGACAUGGUGAAAUCUGAUUGAGUAACCAAGCAGUUUUACUAUUCUGGUGCUGCUUCAUAACAAAAAUGAAAAGCUGCAUGCAUCUACAGCAGGCAUGGAUUGUUUAUGUUGUAUGAUCUCCUUUAUUAAGUAAGUUCACUUAUAGUAUUUCUAGAAUUUGAUUCAUUGCCGUAAUAGAGCCAUGUAGGGAAUGCACUGAUUGCAUGUUAAUUGUGGCAGGAAUAUCCUAAAUGUCAUUAAAAUCCUCCAACAUGAUGGACCCACUUAUGGUCUUGUUUGUUGACAUGACAGAUUAACAUUCUUAUAGUUACAUCUGAAAAUGAACAUUUGAAAUAGAUAAUCCUUUAAGCCUUGUGGCUAAAUUUUUGUGGCUUUUGUUUAACUUUGAAAGGUUAUAUAUGCACUAACCUUUUUUGAUGGCUGAUUAGGCUUUAAUUACAGAAACAAGAUUUCAAAUGAAACUGUCUUUGGCAGUGAGUAAAUAGCGUAUUUUGAAGUAGAGUUGUAUACUUUUUCAUAAGGUGUUUGGGAAUUUUUUUUCCUGAAAUAAUUUAUUCCACAUCUACAUCAGUGAAAGCUUCUGCCUAUCCUGAGUCCAUCUGUAAAAGAAAGUUAUCUCUCGUCCUGAUUUUCAAUUUUCCACUCUUUUAUUAAUUUGUUUUAAUCUCAGUGUUGGAAAAGGGGUAGUGCAUUUUAAAUUGACCUUCAUAUGCUUUUAAAAUAAGACAAAUCUACUUGAUAAUGUACUUUUUAUUUGAUCUCAAGUUGUAUAAAACCAAUAAAUUUGUGUUACUGUUACUGCAGUAGUAAUCUUAUGCACACAGUGAUUCCAUGUUAAAUACAAAGUAGUUAGGCAACUGUUUUCUUAGUUACAGGAGUUUCAAGCUUCACUUUUGUGCAGUAUAAACAAAAGUAGGCUACAGUCUGUGCCAUGUUGAUGUACAGUUUCUGAAAUUGUUUUACAAGACUUUGAUAAUAAAACCCUUAAACUUAUGUUCAUGUUCCUGUAAAACUGUAUUUGUAUUUAUUUACACUAUUGAAUGUAUGACAUUUACCUCAUUCAUUUUACAAAUCAAGAUCUUUCCCCUUUCAAUCCACAUACUUAAGUAUAGUAAUAAGAUGAAAUCCAUCACUGUAGCAAUUAGUUGCCAUCAGAAUUGUCAAAGUUGGCUUUAUUUCUAUCUAAAGCAGUUUUAGUGUAAUUUUAUUUCACAUAUUCUGGGUAUAGGAAUUGGGUUGAGUAAAGCAGUGAACUUUAGGAUAAAUGAUCCCACCUAUACCUGGUAAAUUAAUAUUUUCAGUGAAAUAUAAAUAUUUGCCUUUUCUGGAAUAGUAAUAGAAACUGUCCAUGGUAUGUAUCUACUGUACAGUACUAAAUAGUAUAUUUAUUCAUUUAUGAAAUAUUCUUGAGUAGUGUUUGAGUGGCUGGCACUAUGGGGAAAAUGAGACUUGGAAUUGUAGGUUUUAUGCAAGUUUGAGUAUAAUUUUUUUUAACUUUUAAAAGUUGAAAUGCCAUAUAGAAAAGCAGCAUUGUUUUUACAGUUUGUAGUAACUUUUUAAAGAUUUUAUCAAAAGGAAUUUUGUCUAUAGUGAGUAAGAAGUUCUAGUAAUAGUCCUCUAUUAAUCAUUGCAUUUUUUUAAACACAAAAUUGAACACAAAUGACAUUUGUUUAAACUUUUGGAAACUUUUUUGGUAGAUAAAGGUUGAACCAUAUGACACUGCCAUUUUUUUAAGUGAAAAAACUAGUAAAAAUAUUGGCAGUUUCAUAUGGUUAAACCUACUAUUAAAACCUAUUCCCUCACUUGUAAUCGCUGCAUACAAAUAUACUAACUUUCCAAAAGCAGUUAAAUUUUUGGCUUUAAAAUGUCACCGACUUAAGAUGUUAACAUCGAAGGGAAUCCACCUUUAGGUUAUUUUUCAGUGAACAUUUUAUGCACAAAGGUAGGGUUGCACUGGGACACAAACCUUUAACACAUAAUCAGUUAAAAUCAAGUGAAUACUGCCUCCACACUUGAGUUUUGUUCUGUAUUUGGUAGUAAAAAUGAUUAAAAAAUAAAAGUGGUUUUGUUA